AUGGCUGUGGUCAUGAAGCAGGAUGCUGGUAAUGAUGAAGCAAGUUUAAGUGACAGCCAGACGGAACCACCGGCAAAACUGAGGCGAAGGAAUGCUGACCCAGUUUCGAGUGAUCUUUCAACUGAGCGCAGUCCACAUAACAGUGGUCCGGCAGAAGAAUGGUGUGGCUCAACCAGGCAAUCCAGGUUAACUACUCGCGCAGGUGCUUCAAUGCAAAAUGGCCACAGUAGUUUGGUUCUCAGAAAUCCUGGAAGUCGACGUGAAAGCCAAGAGGAUGGGGACCAUACUCACAUGAAUGGUGACUCAGAAGUUAGAAGAAGUGGUCGAGCAAGGAGAAAUAAAUUUGAAACCCUCAACCAAAGCCUCUUGUUUGAUCAGCUGGUAAACAGUACUGCAGAAGCUGUACUGCAAGAAAUGGAUAACAUCACUAGUAACAUUAGACAGAACAGAAGACCGGGCGAAGUGGAGCGUCUCAGGAUGUGGACAGAUACAGAGUUCGAAAAUAUGGAUAUGUAUUCCCGUGUGAAGAGGAAAAGGAAACCUUUAAGAAGAAACAUGUAUGGAAUGCCUAUCCAUGUUGAAGAAGCUAGUGAAGGAGAAGAGGAGGAGGAAGAAGAAGGAAGUGAAGAAUCUCAGGAAGAAGAAGAAGAUGGUGAUGAAGUCGAAGAGGCUGAAGAAAAUGACAGGCCGUAUAACCUGAGGCAACGGAAGGCGGUGCAGAGAUACCAAGCUCCUCCAAUAGAGCCUGUCCAUCGGAGACAAAGACAAAGCACACUAUUUGAUACACUGAGAUCUCCUGCACGAAGGAGUCACAUCAGGAGAAAGAAGCAUGCAAUCCACAGCAGUGACACCACAUCGUCAUCUGACGAAGAACGUUUUGAAAGAAGAAAAUCUAAAAGCAUGGCAAGAGCCAGAAACAGGUGUCUUCCGAUGAACAUUAGAACAGAAGAUUUAACGAGUGAAAUCCUUAGGGAGCGGGUCAAAGUUGGUGCCAGUUUGGCUGAUGUAGAUCCAAUGCACUUGGAUGCAUCAGUGCGAUUUGAUAGUGUGGGAGGGCUUAGCCAGCACAUUCAAGCUCUCAAAGAAAUGGUUGUUUUUCCUCUGUUGUACCCUGAAGUAUUUGAGCGAUUCAAGAUUCAACCACCAAGGGGAUGUUUAUUCUAUGGACCACCCGGAACCGGCAAAACUUUGGUCGCUAGAGCGCUAGCUAAUGAAUGCAGCCUAGGAGACAGGAAAGUUUCAUUCUUCAUGCGGAAAGGUGCAGAUUGUCUCAGCAAAUGGGUAGGGGAGUCUGAACGACAACUUAGGCUCCUGUUUGACCAGGCUUACUUAAUGCGACCCUCAAUUAUAUUUUUUGAUGAAAUUGAUGGUCUAGCACCAGUUCGUUCAAGCAGACAAGAUCAAAUUCAUAGCUCUAUAGUGUCUACAUUGCUGGCACUGAUGGAUGGACUGGACAAUAGAGGCGAAGUAGUUAUAAUUGGUGCUACAAAUAGACUUGAUUCCAUUGACCCCGCGCUCAGGAGACCAGGUCGUUUUGACAGAGAAUUCUUCUUUAACCUCCCUGAUAAAAAGGCACGAAAGCACAUAUUUCAAAUACAUACCAGAGACUGGAAUCCGAAACUGUUGCAGGGUUUCCUUGAUGAAUUAGCUGAAAAAUGCGUAGGCUACUGUGGGGCUGAUAUAAAAUCACUUUGCACUGAGGCAGCCUUGUUUGCCCUACGCCGACGCUAUCCUCAGAUUUAUGCAACCAGUCAGAAACUGCAGCUGGAUGUCUCAUCGAUUGUUAUAAGUGCACAGGACUUCUACCUUGCCAUGCAGAACAUUGUGCCUGCUUCACAACGAGCUGUGACCGCUUCAGGAGAAGCACUAUCACACAUCAUCAGGCCUCUGCUGGAAAACGUCUUUAAUAGAAUUCUAAUUGCUUUGUACAAAGUUUUUCCUCAUGCUGAACAGACUCAGAAUGACAACAGAGAUGAUGCUAUGAACCAUAUUUUGGAAGAUUACAUCACCAGUGAUGAUGAGGUUGAGCCAGCAAUUUUUGAGAACACUUCUUCAUUGGGAUCACCAAAGAAACAACUACCAGCUGCUAAACAUAAGCCCUUUAUGCACUUCUCCAUGUCAGCACAUCACCAGCCAACAUCCCAUCGUCCUCGGUUGCUUCUUUGUGGGAGCAAAGGAUCUGGUCAGAGUUCACAUCUUGCUCCUGCAUUGCUGCAUUCACUUGAGAAGUUCUCUGUGCAUAGAUUAGAUCUACCAGCAGUGUACUCUGUCAGUGCAAAAACACCAGAGGAGUCAUGUGCGCAGGUUUUCCGUGAGGCACGUCGAACAGUACCAAGUGUAAUUUAUGUGCCUCAUAUUAAAGAGUGGUGGGAUGCAGUCAGCGACACAGUGAGAGCUACUUUCUUGACUCUACUUCAGGACAUACCACCCUUUUCUCCUAUUCUAAUAUUGGCUACCUCUGAAACAGUAUAUAUAGAAUUGCCAGAUGAGGUUAAAUGCAUUUUUGAAAUCAAUUAUGGAGAAGUUAUAGAUUUACAGAAACCUAAUGAACAGGAAAGAACAAAGUUCUUCGAAGAUUUGAUAUUAAACCAAGCAGCAAAGCCUCCACCAAGGAAGAAGAAAGCUGCUUUACUUGCCUUGGAAGUCCUUCCACCAGCAUUGCCUCCUGCACCACGGCAACUAUCAGAGGAAGAAAUAAAACGGAUAGAAGAGCAGGAGGAAAAUACCUUUCGAGAGCUUCGACUGUUUCUCAGGGAUGUUACCAAAAGACUUGCCACUGACAAACGUUUUAGCAUCUUUAGUAAGCCUGUGGAUAUUGAAGAGGUUUCUGACUAUUUGGAAGUCAUCAUACAACCAAUGGAUUUAUCAACAAUGAUGAUGAAAAUUGACAACCACAAAUAUGAAACCGUGAAUGACUUCCUGAUAGAUAUUAACCUCAUCUGCAGCAAUGCUCUUGAGUAUAAUCCUGAUAAGGUUCCUGGAGAUCGCAUAAUUCGACACAGAGCCUGUACACUUAAGGAUACUGCACAUGCAAUAGUUGCUGCUGAGUUAGAUCCUGAAUUUAACAAACUCUGUGAAGAUAUCAAAGAAUCCAGGAGAAAGCGAAACUUGCAAUCAGUAGCAGAGCAAACCAGUCACAAUGUAGAAACAAAAAGAGAUACAGCUCAAGACUCAUCACGGAAUUUAGAAGCAAGUACCACAAAUGGGGAAUGUAAGCAUACGAUUCACAUUAAAAGAAAACCACGUCGACGUUCAAAAUGGGGUCGAGGUAUUAUUAAAAAGCCGAGGAAGGUGAUUCACCUCAAGAAAGAGGACGAUGAUGUUAAAAAUGACGAACAUGAUGCUGACCAAGGUGAAGAAAGUGAGCUAGCAGAGAAUGGAGAAUUGGAAGUGAAUACAGAUUAUCAUGAGAACGGCGAACUCUCCCUGACCAAUGAUGAGUCAUCGUGUGACAUCAUGGAUGUUGCCCAGGUGGGAAAUAAACUCGAAAAUGGUACAAUGGAAAAAGGGAGUGGUGACCUUAAAUCCACAAGAAAAGAGGACUGUGCAGGCUAUCAAUUAGAUGGGAAUCAUGAGUUUUCCAUAAGAAAAUCAAAUGCUGCUCCAGGAGAACAGUGUGUACCUAAUGAUGCAUGCACUCCUGGCAAGAGGUUGGUACCUAAUGAGUGUUCAUGGAGUGAUGAAUCUAUGGCAAGUGCUGAAAGUGAAUCUGUUCAAGAAUGUUUGGCUGGCAGGACGUGCACAUCUGGUAAUCCUGCACCUGGUAAUGAUUUGUCUGAUGCAAAACAUGAACCUGGAAAGGAAUGUGAACCUACCAAGGAGUCCAUGACUCAGCUUGUGCCAAAUUCAAAGUUACCUGUAAUGGAAAAAGACAAAAAGCAACUGGUUGAAGAUAGCUCUCAUGCUGUCACUGGUGCAGCACAAGCAGCCAAUGCAACAAAGUGUUCACAAAAUGAAGAUGUUGAUCUAAAAUCUCUAGGACCUGAAAAAGAUGUUUUGGGCAGGUUGAAAACAGGUCAUGCAGUACAUGUAGAACAAAAGACAGUUGUGCACAUGGAGCAGGUGUUGGAAGACUCUUCAGAACCCAUCCCCCCAGUAAUUUUGGACCAUGUGCGACUAAAGCAUAUCCUCCAGCUGGCCACUAAGACGAGCAAUAAUUUUACAGUUGAUCAACUCGAAAAGCUUUAUUCUUUGCUUAGUCAAUGCAUCUAUCGUCAUCGCAAGGAAUAUGACAAAACCCAUUUACUUGAGGAAAUGGAAAAUCUAUUAAAGACCUUUCAUACAUUCCUGUGAACCUUUGAAGAGGAACAGGUUCAUCACAUAAACUGCUUGCAGGGAAGCAGCCUUCUGAGCCAUUCAGCAACAUUCAGAGCCUUGGUCUUAAUCUCUCUCUUUGUGAAUUGGUGCUAUUGUCUCAGGUGCCUGGAACAGACCAGCCUACAGAACCAAACUGGACAUGAUUGAGAUUACACACUCAAAACCACUUGCCAUCACUGUUGCACAGUCUGGUGCUAUGAUAUAAAAAAGGUGGUUCUCAUUGGUUAUUCUCCCCAACACAAACUUGCCAUCAUUGAAUGCAAUGGAGCAGAACUUCAUAAUUUAAGAAACUGGAUAGAGUGAUUCAGCCUAUUUUAUUAAUUUUUGACGACAUUUAGCUUAAGAUUCGCUUUUAUAUUGAUGGAUUUUGGAGUUUUGAAUGUUCAUUUUGUAGUGAAUUAAACCCUGUUGAUGCUUGCGUCAUGAUAAAUAGCUGGAGUAACUGGAUGCAAUUUUGGAGUAAUUUUAAAGCCACUGACCGCUGUUAUAGUGUAGGCUUUAUUUCUGAACUGAAGCCGGCAUUUUAAUUUUUUGUUAAGCACAGAAUGUGAGAAUUAAUACAAUUGCAGGUCCAGUGUUACAAAACCCACUAUCCAAAUAUCCACUACAGCCUCUUCAAACUGUAAGGUGCAUUACAACAAAAUAUGCAAAACAUAUUCACUUAUGAAAGAACAGUGAUCUUGGACUACUGCAGCUAUAUGUUGAGCUACCUCAGCUUUUUCGGUCCCACAGUUUACCAGUUACCAUCAGUGUUUACUGAAUACUGUAAGUAGUGUGUGCAUACUACAGUUUACUUUCUAAAGCUAAGGUACUUGAUUAUAAAACAUUUUUGCAAUUCCUCAUACAACUUGCAAAGUUUUGGCUUCAAGAAACUGCAGUAAUCCAAAGUGCUCUUCAGAAUUCCCAACUGAACUUUGAACUCCCAACUUGAAUAAAUUUCAGUAAAUGACUGCUUGGGAACUAUCUAUUUAAAAUAUUGAGAAAAAAAGUUUAUAAAAAUUUAAUAAGACUAAUAGGAACUCACACAAAUUUCAUUGACCUAUGUUUUCACAGUGAUGUUUUCCUUACCUAUUUAUUGAAAAAGUAUAACUGCAAGAGGGUAUUUUACAAUCUAAACUACACUAAACUAACAGCAUUUUGUAUGGAGCAAAUUUGGGAAAUUGUUAUUACAAACUGUACAUUUGUUGAAAAACAUAGCUGAAUUUUGUAGCAUGUUUCUGAUUAAAAAGGGUUAAAUAGGUCUCAGGAACUGCUGCAUCCUUACUGUUUUUGAAAUGAUUUGUUUGUUCUCUAUUCCAUUUGCAAUUUAACGUCCUGUGCCAGUAGCAGCAUUGGUAGCAUCAAACAAAACCUACAAUGAUUUUAUGUGUGUUGUACCAAAUUUAAUAAUCUUUUAAAUUUCCUCCCUUAUCUGAUUUCCCCCCCUUUUGUCAGCACAUUAUCUAGAUUCCUUUCAACAGCAGCUGUAUUUUGUCUUUCACAUUUGGUUUAUGUCAUAUGUUUCAUAAUUCCACCUCCACUGAAAAUGGGAAUGCCAGGUCAUGAAGAUGAACAUGGGAUUCAUCAUAAAUAAGCUUGAAUUCCUUUGAAAAGCAGCAUUGGCUGUUGUAUUUGUACAUUUAUUUUCCUAGUCAUUGGUGUCUUGUUUUGGUUUCUAUAAAGGUGUGUCUAUUUUUGUUUGAAUGCUUAGCUUUGCAACAUUAACUAUGCUAUAUAUUGAAUUCUAUAGUUACUGAGCAUUGUAUUAAAAUGACUUUCCAUUUUUUGAAUUUCGCAUUAGUGUGAGAUAAUAAGUUAUUUAAAUGUUUUGUUUUUAAACUUUGGAAUUUGGAAUACUUUUACUGUAAUUUGUAAGCCAACUGCUGUGAAAUACUUGAAUAAAGGUGAGAAGCAAGAACA